AUGGUCAUGGACGUCGCUCGUACGUCCAUGAUCCAUGCGGCUGCUCCCCAUUUUCUGUGGCCAUUUGCGGUUCAGUACGCAGCGCAUCAGCUCAACCUUCAGCCUCGGUUCUCCUUGCCAGAGACCUCCCCCACCUUGCGGUGGACGGGGAAGGUUGGCGAUGCGUCUGCGUUUCGGGUCUGGGGAUCUUGGGCGUUUGUCCGCGAUUUCUCUGCUGACAAGCUGUCCCCCCGUGCUGUUCCCUGCAUCUUCCUUGGCUUCCCCCCUGACGUGCCUGGUUGGCAGUUCUACCACCCCACCUCGCGACGUGUUCUGUCCUCCCAGGACGUCACCUUUGACAAGUCGGUAGACGCAGUUGAGCCUGUCGAGGUAGCUGUUGACUCUGGUGCUGCUAGGGGCGCUGCGCCUACGGGUGCCGGGUCUGGGGGUGCGGAGCCUGGGGGUGCUGGGUCUCGGGGUGCUGAGCCUGGGGGUGCUGAGUCUGGGGGUGCUGAGCCUGGAGGUGCUGCGUCUGGGGGUGCUGAGCCUGGGGGUGCUGCGUCUGGGGGUGCUGAGCCUGGGGGUGCGGAUCCUGGGGGUGCUGAGCCUUGGGGUGCGGAGCCUGGGGGUGCUGAGCCUGGGGGUGCGGAGCCUGGGGGUGCAGGGUCUACUCGUGUGGCCUCUGGCGGUGCUUCGUCGAGGCGGGAGCUACUCUCUCCACAAGAGCUGCGCGAGUGGUUUGCCCGGCGCUGGAGCCGUGCUGCUGGAGCUGGAGGUACUACUGGUGCUACUGGUCCUGGAGGUGCUCGUGGUGGUGGUUCUGGAGCUGCUGGGACUGGGAGUCCUGCUGGAGGUGCUACUAGAGCUGCUGGAGCUGGAGCUGCUGGUGUGAGGAUCUAG